AUGAACCGGUACUGUGCACCGCCUCGACGGAAACAGUCGGAUAAGCUGAGGGAACAAACCGCAGAAAACCACAACCGCAUGGUAUCGUUGAACAUCGAAUUCGACUCCAAGAAUGUGAUGAUCUUUGUCAGCAUCAAUAAGGACAUUGGGGACGCACGCUUUGGAGUUCGCUCGCGUUUCUUGGACUUGCUGAGACCGGCAAGAAUCUGCGUGAUGGCUGCUGAGCGUGCAGGGUUUCCUCGAGGUACUGGGGUGCCGUCCGGAGAAGUCUCAACAACUCAACGAUCGUGUGGGUGGCCACCCGCUAGCAUCUCAGGUUUUGUGUAG